AUGGAGAUUUGGAAGAAGACGGUGCUGGCCAUUAUGUCAGUGUCGAUUGUUUUAGGGAUAGGCGCAUAUUCAUACAUAUCCUAUGAAGGAGGAAAAUCUGCGAAGAAAGAAGCCCGGAAGAGCGCUGAAAGCCCAAAGCCGCACGCGAAUAAGCCCGUGAAACCUCUGAGAAAGGCACUUUCCCACAAGAAUGCCCCUUCUAUGCCGACAUUAAUCGAGGAAGCAGAGGCUGAAGAAAAAUGCGUAUGCACUGCUGAGGACUGCUCUGCCACUGUUUUGGUGCUCUCCGGUGCUUCGCCAGAGCUUCUUGAGUCGAAGGACGGGUCCUCUAGUGCUGAAGAGUCCAGCGAGGCCGAGCCCUCAGAGAAGUCGGCGGCGGAAUUUUUUGAAGAAACGUCCCCCAGAAAAAGCUGCAUACUCAUACCGUGUAACUUCGACAAGGACGGAGAAUCAGAAUUCAGCACUGGAAAUGUUGAAUGGAAGUACCACAGAGAGAACCUAGGAAAUAUGGGCAAGCCUUCAAAACUUAUGCAUGGCCCGGACAAUGGAAGUUUUGGCGUUGUGCGGAAUCCUAGGCACAUGCAGCCCAACUUAUUGGAUCAUGAAACCAUAGAAGAAGAGUCGUCACAUAGUGGUGCUGCCGACACAGAAAAAGAGGCUAAUUCAAAUAAGGCUGCCGACGUAGAGUAUAGUGCGCCGAUAGAUGAGAAAACGAAGAACGAUCCUGUGCCAGAGAAAGGCUCCUCCCCAGGCCCAAGCUCUAAUACUGUCAUAGAGGGAGAGGGAAAGGGAGAAUAUAACAAUGCUGUCGGCGCAAAGAACCCUACUAUACCGGAUGAGAAGGAGAAAAUCGGAAAAAGCGAUGAUGUGCUUCUUCCCAACCACUUAUCCGUGCUCCAACCAGAAAACAGCGAGCAGAAACCCGAACCAAAACAAAGUGAUUUAAAAGAGAGCAGCGGCACAUCCGAUUUAUCUGGGGCAAUGGAGCCAGAAAAAGCCGUGUCUGCUCAAAAUGAAAAUAUUCAAAGUUUGAAUGAAAAUCCCGCUGUAGAGAAAAGCAAAGAGUCUGAAGAGGAUAAAAAACCUUUUUCAAUAGACGAAGAAGGCACCCCUCUGCCCGUGCCCAUGCCUUUGCAGGAUCCAGAGCCUUCAUUGCCAAGUGCCGAUUCUAGCUCGGUUGAAGCCCCCAGUGAUUUAUGGGCGCAUCUCAGCAACAGAAUUGCUCCUAUUAUACCGCAGGCGAACUCAUCCCCGACUGUGCAGCACCCAACCCAUGAAGCUCUGCCGAAUGCCUCUACUGAAGGGGAGGCGGCAAGCACUUCAUUUUUGGGUGGCCAAAGCAAGAGUUUAAACGUACAGGUCCCAGAUGAGAAACAUAAAAUGCGGCCUGCCGAGGAAAGCACGGCCGGUACGCCUAGUCCUUCUGGCUCAAACGAGUCGCAGGGCUUGGAAAAGACUUCUACCCCCUCAAAAGACUCGGACCCUGCCAACACGGAAGAGCCAGCUCCUGCAAAUCCUGAAAUUGUGGCGCCCAGAAAAUCAGAAACACUAGAAAUAUCAGGUGCAAAUGAUCCUGUGCCCACCAAACAGAAAGAGCCAGCCCCUGCUAAGCCUGAAGUUAAACAGCUUGAGGAUCCGAAAAUCCCAGAGCCAUCUGAUUCCAGCCAUGCAAUAUCUAGCACACAGAAAGAGCCAGCAUCGGGUGAGAAAAAGGAUCCAAAACCAGCAAAUGAAGCUACGAGCUUGGAAGUUCCCGCAGUAGUUGGGCCAAAUGAUGUAGUUCCAGCAGAGCCAAAGAAUGCAGCACCGAGUGCCCCAGCUCCUGCUAAAGAAAUUAGUCCAACCCCAGCUAUAUCAACCCCUUCUGAACCAACCAAUCCAGCGAUAACUGAAACAAAGGAAGUAGCACCCCCUAAGCCAGUGUACGUGGUUCCAUUUGUGUCGGAUGAUGGUUCAUCAGAUAAGACAGAUCCAAAAGACUUAGAUAUGGCAAAAAAGGAUGUGGGCUUGUUCUCGAAUUCAGAUGAUCUGCCGCCUGUAGUACAUGACCCAAAGAAUGUAGAGCCUGCAGUGCCAGCUAAGCCAGCGGUCGAUCCAACACCGGCCGAUCCAAAGAAUCUAAGACCUGCUGUACCGCCUAAGCCAAUGGUUAAUCCAGCAUCGGCUAAGCCAAAACCUGCUGAUCCAAUGAAUCUAAGACCUGCAGUACCUUCUGAACAGACGGGUCCAAGCCCAGUUGAGUCAACACCGAAUAAGGAAAUAUCGAUUUAG